AUGGAAAUAGUUUUACCAAAAUUUAGGCUUCUUGAUGCAACCCAGAAAUCUGAUGAUUCGAUCAAAAAAAAUAUCGAUAUAUAUGGAAUUGAAUCACAAAUAUCAUCAUUGCGAAAUCAUGAUCAUAAUCGUAUCAGAUUAGCAAAAAAUACCAAAAUUAACGCUAACAUUUCUAAUAGAAUUCAUCAUGUAAACGACGAUAUAGAUCCGAAUAAAAUAAAAAAUCGUACUCGAAAUUCUGAAUCUUUUAGUUCUCAAAAAACUUUGGUGAAUAAAGAUCCUGAAUUAUUUGAAGAUAAUGAUUCUAUCAUGGAAAGUAUUGAUGAGGAACCAAUAAAUGUUGAUGAACAAUUAAAUAACGAUGAAAAAAUAAUAGAAAAUAUGUCAACUUUAAAUAAUAAUAUGCAAAAGGAGGGGUUCCAUCCUCUUCGACAAACUAAUUCUGAAUUAAGUUUGAAAAGAGAUGAGGGCGAAACAGUUGAAUGGCUAAAUUAUUUACUUCAACAAAUUUGGCAAACAUUUGAUCCUUCGCUUUUGGUUGGCCUUCGAGAUAUGCUUGAAGAUGCAAUGUCACGUAGUGCGCCAUCUUUCGUGCGUGCAACAGAUAUCGAAGCGUUUGAGAUCGGUUUAGUCGCUCCACGAAUUGAAAGUAUCAAAAUCUUUCCUCUAUCCGAAAGCAAUAAUGAUGAUGUUGUGAUUGGUGAAGCAAGGUUUUCAUUCCGUGCAAGAUCCUCAAAAACAAUUCAAGAUCCACCACCACACAUUCUCGCAUGGAUAAAAACUGGAAUUUCGGCUUUGAUUCCAAUUAGAGUUGAAUUAUUGGCGCUUAUCGCAUCAAUUCACUUUGAAAUAAAGUUAACUGGAACGUCUCCCUUCGUAUCAACUGCAAGAAUAAGUUUUCUAAAUAUACCUGUUUAUGAAACUAGCAUUAUGCCGUUAAUACCAAUGAAUAUUGCACAGUUCCCAUUAAUCAAACAAUUCAUUCGUAGCGCUGUGCACUCAGUAUUAGAAGAGCUAACAUAUCCUAAAUUUAGAGAUAUUAAUUUAGCAGAGUUAUUAUCGACCUAUAAUGAUACACAGUCAAUUGGCAUAAUGAAGGUUGAUAUCUUUAGAGCAAUAAACCUGACUAAAGUUGAUGUACAUGGUGAAAAUGAUCCAUAUGUAUUAUCCUCAUUAGAUCCAACACCAUAUGCGCACACCCAUAACUCAACUCGCAUCAUUGAAAAUUGUGCAAAUCCUGAAUGGAAUGAAACAUUCUUUCAUAAAAUUCCGCAACUUGAUCUAGUCGAUCAGCAUAUUAAGUUUAAGUUGAGCGUUAUGGAUUGGGAUAGAUUUACUCCUGAUGAUCUUAUUGGAAAUGUAUGGAUUGAUAUUAAGAAUGCUAUCGGAGAUGGAACUAAAGGAGUUAAAAUUCAUGAUGGGUUGCAUGAUAUUUAUCUUAAGACUACUGAUUCAUCAUCUCGUGGACAAUUACAAUUUCGACUUGAAUAUUUCCCAAAGUCGCCUAACGAUGCUGAACC